CUUUAGGUGGAGAUAGGGAGCGCGUAGUCAGUAACGAACAUUGAUUGCAAGAGUUGCCUGCUUCUGUAAGUCAACAUUUCUUAUACUCUCUAUAACAUGGAUUGUUUGGAGCUCUCUGUUCCCAUAUCUGUAACGUGGUUGCUAGGUUUUGCAGCACCUGAGAAAUAAGAGUACAGCGUACUUCGCAGUAGAAGAAACGGUCGCGGGUGAUGGUUACCUAUGGCAAUGUCUUACUGGUCCUUGGCAAUUGAUCAUGGAAUUACCUGUAUAAAGAUAAUUGGCAAGUUGUGAGUAUGAGCAAGGAUUCCAUCGGAGAUAUGCUAUCACAUGACGGAGUGAUAUCUGUCAACAUGUCCCAAGAUUCCACAACAAUGUCGGUUUUGGACGUAGCCAAAGAUUUAAACAGAAGCAACUUGACAAACUCGAAGUUCUUUAUUAAGAACCAUUACCUCAGUCCUAUCAACCCAUACCAUCCAUUCGCAUGGCCCCUGGAUGUAGCGGUGGUGUUCAUUAUUCUAUAUUCCCUGACCACGUUGUUGGCUAUUGUCGGAAACAUAACAACUAUCAUUGUUUUUACCAAAGGUAAACGGUCAAAGACAGACAUUAGACCUUUUUUAUUGAAUCUGGCAUUUUCGGAUUUAAUCAUGGCUAUAUUUUGUAUCCCAUUUACUUUCACCCACGAACUUCUGGGGACCUGGGUGUUUUCAAUCCCUAUGUGCCCUAUCGUCGUGUUUCUACAAACUGUAUCUGUCUCGGCUAGUGUCUCAACCAAUAUGGUGGUUGGCAUCGACCGUUUUCAUGCAAUAGUCUCCCCUUUGAAAUCCCACAAUGCAACACCUCGAUAUAAAAUCAUUAUAUUGUGCAUAUGGAUAUUUGCUGUAUCCUUAAGUGCUGUCCAGUUAAAAGUCUGUGAAACCACGAACAAAAACGGAAGCAUAGUGUGUGACGAAGAGUGGCCGGAUGACGGAUUACGGAUCGCCUACUCCGUUCUCGUGUUGGUGUUGACUUACGUGAUUCCGUUGCUAAUCCUGGCUGUAACUUACUCCAUUGUUAGCUGUAUUCUGUGGAAGAGAAAAACUCCCGGAAAUGCCGACGCUCAAAGGGACUCCUACCAAAUCAAGUCGAAAAAGAAGGUGGUAAAGAUGCUGAUUACCAUCGUAAUGUUCUUUGGGCUGUGCUGGCUUCCGCUGCACACGUUUAUCCUGGUGAUGGAAGUGACAAAUAUGGACAGACAAGCAGACGACAAUUUAAUCAAAGUCCUUGGUCAUCUCUACUUCGUGGCCCACUGGCUUGCAAUGUCCAAUUCCUUUGUCAAUCCACUGAUUUAUGCAUUUAUGAAUGAAAAUUUCAGAUAUGACCUCAGGACUUUGCUAUGUCCGUGUGCCACGCGAUACUCUAGAGGGCGACAUAAAGUGGUCAAGAAGAAGUCUCGAGGGAACGGCUACCAGUUGUACAGAUAUACUUGUACUGAUACUCCUGAUUUAAGUUCCAAUGGCAGAUGGCUUGAAAGAAGUCGUACACAAGUCACUCGAUAUAGUAAAUCCUCGUCCAAUAACGAGACAAAGCGGAAAACGUCCUGUGCUUCUUGUUAAAUUAAAGUUUUCAAAAUAUUUUCA